AUAAGAAAACAACACACACCUUUGGGGCUUUUGCAACUUUCGUUUGUUGCUUUUUUUGGGGGGAAACGUUGACUUUGUUAGAUUUUGCAAGCAGUCGUUUUGAGUGGCGUACUUCCGACAUCCUUCCUAUAAGUUAAGCUGCAACAACGGACUGCACAAAAAGUGUCAACACACGGAUUUUUAAACGCGGGAAAUUUUGUUACGCGGGGAAGCCCAAGAUUCUGCUGAUUCAGAUUUUGGUCACAUGACCUAUAUCACGUGACCUGAUUCGACAAUUCUUGUAUUGAUGAGAUGUUUUUGUGAAGUGGUGUCAGGAAAUUAAAGAAAAGAGGUAUGUGUGUUACAACAAGUAUCAGAAUUGAAAGAAAAUAGAUAACGCUAGCAGGUUUCCUACGUUUUUCACAUUAAAGCAUUUAAAAUACUUUUUACCAGCAGUGUAAGUUUUUAUUAUCAUAGAAAACGUAAACAUGCAGUUCAUUACAUUGCUAGCUGUGUUUGCUGCUCUUUGUGUGUUCGCCAAUGCGCAGGUUCUUCCACCAUACACGGAGGAUUGUCAGCAUGGGAUGUAUGCCAACCAUGCAAGGUGUGCAGGCAUGCCGCCCACUUUUGAAGUCAAUCUUGAUCAGGACCCAUCUGUCCGUUGGAACGGGGUGGUUCAGCACAAAAAAAAGGAAUUGGUUGCUAUGAUUGGUCAAAUAAAGCUGCUCGUUGGAGCUAUUUCACCCAAAAUUAUCACUGCUGUUGAUCAGUAUCUUCCGGAGUUGAUUCAAAAACUUCCGGAGCCGUAUGGAGCAGAGAUUCAAGGCAUCGCGAAAGCUUCUGGACUUCCUGAUGGGGAAAUUUUAUUGUUUAAUAUUUUUUAUGAAAUUUUCACCGUCUGUACUUCGAUUGUUGCGCAGGAUGAUGCCGGAAAGUUAUACCAUGCAAGAAACCUAGAUUUUGGCUUGUUUAUGGGCUGGGAUGUGAAGAAUCAUACCUGGCUCAUAACAGAGUACCUUAGGCCAUUGGUGGUGAAUGUCAACUUUACUCGUGGAGGAAAAACGGCGUACAAGUCCGUCAACUUUGCUGGUUAUAUUGGACUCCUAACUGGAAUUAAGCCAAAUGCUUUUACUAUUACUCUGAAUGAGAGGUUUAAUAUAGAUGGAGGUUUCGUUGGAAUGCUGGAGUGGAUUAUGGGCCAAAGAGAUGGACACUGGACUAGUUUUCUUACCCGAACAGUCAUGGACAAAGCCUCAAGCUAUGACGAAGCAAUGUCUAUGCUGACAAAGGAAGUCAUACUCGCUCCUGUGUAUUAUAUCGUUGGAGGGGUGAAAUCUGGAGAAGGGGCAGUCGUUACACGGGACCGUACCAAACUUGACAACGUUAUGGCCAUGAACACAACUGCUGGUGAAUGGUAUGUUCUGGAGACUAACUAUGACAACUGGACCAACCCACCAUUUUUUGAUGACCGGCGCGCUGAUGCUAAAAAAUGUAUGGAUUACUCUGGUAAGAAAGGGGUUGGAUUUCCCUCCAUUUUCGACGUCCUUUCAACAAAGCCUGUGCUCAACCAGCUGACAACUUACACAGCUCUAAUGCAAGUGAAUGCAGGGACAUUGGAGACUUAUAUUCGUGAAUGUCCCCACCCAUGUUACCCUUGGUAGAUAGCCACCAGAUUAAAUUAUAUUGAUUUUAGAUUUUAUUGUAAUUUUAGUUGAUUUUUCAUUUUCGACAUAAACAUUUAUACAAUACAUUCAUAUAUAUUUGUGAUUUGUGUAUUUUAAAAAUGAAUAGUUUGGUAAAAACAAACACUUUAAUAGAAAAAAAGCUUUAGUUAGACUAUUAUAUAUACAUAUAUUCCUUUAAUGGUUUUAAAUGUUGCAUGACAUUGUAUUUUAUUACAACGUUUUACAACUUUAUUUACAUUAAAAAUAAAAAUAAAAUAAUAUGCUACCUUCUUCUUUCCAGUUCCACAUAGUUCCAUUUUCGAUCAGUGUUUUUAAAAUAGCGUGUUUACUUGAUCCCCUUCAUUUGUGUUUAAUUUAUUUCGCAUGAGCUUAUAUUACAUUAUUUAAAGGAAAACAAUAAGUUUUCCAUUAUUGUUUUAAAGUGAUUUGAGUAAAAGACUAAUAUGUAUGUACUUUAAAUUUUAUGAUCGGUAUUCUAUCCAAAAAAAAAUAUAUUCUAAAUAUUUUAACCAUGUUUUUUCAAUAAUGUUUGCCUUAUUUUAAUCGUUAAAAA